AUGAUUAUAAAAUGCGCCUAUGGAAACUUCAGUGGCGAUGAUCUUCUUAAGCAUGUUUUGCCUGAUUUGCCCGUUGAUCUUCAGCAAAUGCUUUUGCUUUUGUUCCAAAAGUAUCGGAGUCAGUGGAAAGAGGAUGUUUCAAAGGAACAACCAUCUUCAAUUUCAGUUGUGAUAUUUCUUAUGAAGAGUCUAAACAUGGGUGCUGCAUUGUCAGUAGAAGCUGCGACCCAAACAGGUAAAGCUGUAGAAAGUGAAAUUGGAAUUGUUGAUUUGCAUUUUAGUUUUGAGUUUCGGGGAAUUCUUGGGGAAAGGGAAAAAGCCAAAGAUGGCCAAUGGCUGGAAAAAACUAUUUCUGGUAGUAUCACUUCGAAGUCUGAAUCGUUUACAUCAAGGAAAAUAAUGGUGAAAAACAAGAAGAGAAGUUAUGCCCAGUACCAUUUAGAUUUGGGUCAGUUUGAUUUUAACUUUCAUAGUUGUUCCACAUGUGGUUUUAAGUAUUCUCUUGGGGAUGAAAGUGAUGAGAAGGCUCAUAAGGAAUUUCAUAAGAACUAUACCCAUGGAAUUCAGUUUAAGGGUUGGUCUAGUGAAAGGGUUAUUCAGAUGCCUACCAUUGAAGGUGGUCGGAUUGUUAUGGUGUUGGAUAGUGAUUCUACUGCCCAAAAGAAGAAGGUUGUGGAAGCUAUGAAUAUGAUGGGGAUUGAGCUUGGAAGUGGAUUUAUUUUCCUUAAGUUUUGUAAGGUCUUGCUGUUCAUUCUAUCCAAUAGGGUAGCUGGAUGCCUAAUUGCUGAACCAAUAAAGAAGACAUUCAAAGUCAUCUCAAAUUCAGUAGACAAUGAUGCUAUUAACACAAAAGAAAAAAGAACCAAACCAACCAUCCUCCAAUUUGGGGAUAUUAGUUUUCAGAGGGAGACAGUGAAAAGAUCUCAUUCUGCUAGUAAUACUAACCUGUUGGAUGGAGACCUUGGUAGCGCAGUUGUUUGCGAGGAGGUAGCAGUGCCUGCUGUCUGUGGCAUUAGAGCAAUUUGGGUGUCUCCUGUCAACGGAAGACAACGAAUAGCCACUCAGAGGUAA